CACUAGAUGCACUUAGCAAAGAAAAGGCCUGGCAGUCCUUCAUUAUAGAUCUGCUGCUGCACUGCCAGAGCAAGUCUGUUCGCCAAAUGGCCCAAGAACAGUUCUUCCUCAUGGCCACCCGGUGUUGUAUGGGCCAUAGGCCUCUCCUCUUCUUCAUCACCCUCCUCUUCACAGUUUUAGGUAGCACUGCAAAAGAGCGGGCAAAGCACGCUGCUGAUUACUUCACUCUUCUAAGGCACUUACUCAACUAUGCAUAUAACAGCAACAUUAAUCUUCCUAAUGCAGAAGUUCUCUUAAACAAUGAGAUCGACUGGUUAAAGCGCAUACGGGAUGAAGUGAAGAGGACUGGAGAGCCUGGGGUUGAGGAGACCAUUUUGGAAGGUCAUAUUGGUGUCACAAAAGAGCUACUAGCUUUCCAGACCCCAGAGAAGAAGUUCCACAUUGGUUGUGAAAAAGGAGGUGCUAGUCUUAUCAAGGAGUUAAUGGAUGACUUCCUGUUCCCAGCAUCUAAU